AUGUACGCUGAUGAUAUCGCACCGGUAGAUGAGGACAAAGGACGGCUCACCAGACGCGUGCACGCAUGGAUGGAGGCGCUUGAAAACGGCGGGCUGAAGCUAAACGUGGCGAAGACGGAGUAUAUGGCCUGCAACAGCACAGAUCUGACGUCUCUCCGUAUAGGCGACGACACCGUCGUGCGCACGGACAACUUCAGGUACCUCGGAUCUGUGCUUGACGCGUCCGGGGACAUCGAUCGCGACAUCAAGGCCCGUAUAUCAGCGGCUUGGGCGAAAUAG